AUGGCCUGGACCAAACACGCGGCCGUAUUCGCGGCCUUGGCUCUCGGUGCCAAUGCUCAGGCGCCAACCAAUACCCCUAUCCCGGCGAACAUUGGAUUCGUUCUGAGUGUGCAACCCCCUGCCGCCGUGUCGAACACCACUAGCUUGCCGACCUCCGCGAUCACCGGGAUCUCCUCUACGCCGACGUCGUCUCUCAGCGUCACCCUCAGCUCCAGCAGCAGCAGCAUCCUCUCACAGCCGACCACUGCAAUCUCGAGCAGCGGAUCGUCGUCGGUGCUCUCGUCUGGGUCUCCCAGUGGAAGCACCACUCCAACCAAUUUGAACCCGCCGCAGCCUACCUCCACGCCCACAAGCUCCGCUCCGACUGUCGUCACGCCGGGCAGUUCCACCACUUCCCCCAUCCUUUCGAGCAGCAGCACUUUCAACUUUGGGAACAGCAGUACUGCUAGAACGACUCCCUCCUCGACUAGCAGUGUCUUGAGCACACCUACCACUUCCUUGUCGACCAGCAGUGUUGGUAGCAGCAGCGUUGGCAGCAGCAGCAGUGCUCCUAGCUCCAGCAGUACCGGCACCACAACCUCUGCUCUGACAAGCACUACUACCGGCAGCAGCAGCACUGAUAGCUCGAGCAUCACCAGCACCACUUCCAGCAGCAGUUCAUCGGGCACAUCCUCAGCUUCCUCCACUGAUAGUUCCACUUCGACUUCCUCGACUUCCAGCGAUUCCUCAAGCUCGAGUAGCUCCUCCACCUCCAGCAGUUCUUCAAGUUCGAGCACCUCUAUAACCAUUACUUCGACUAGCUCUAGCAGCUCUAGCAGCUCCAGUAGCACCAGCUCUACUUCCUCUUCGACGCUCUCUUCGUACAUCUCGGCCCCGUCUGGUCCUUGUGCUAUUAAUAACGCCGCUUUCGUAUUCCAAGCCUCAGGUACAGGAGACGUCAACGUAGACGGCAAGUGGGCCGCGCUGUCGCCGGCCUUUGGAUCAGGCUAUAAGCUCCGUUUUGAUUCCACCAGACAACUCGCGCAACAGUUUAGACUCCAGCCCGACUGCGCGCUCACCACCGCUGACGGUACUUUCUUGGCCAUGGUUGGCGGUAACGCGAAUCUCCAUUUCCAGUACUUCUUCCAGUCCACCGCCAUCGCUUCUUCUGUGGUCACUGGCAAUCCCACUUUUGAAGCCGAUGUAUGCCAGAGGAAUGCCGACAACACACUUAGCUGCACUGCCAUGGGUCAAAGCAUUUUUCAAGUCACGCAAGGUGACCCUUCUCUCCAAUUGGGCGACCAGAAUUACGGCGAGCAGGUCACAAUCAACCUGGUCCAGGUACCAGGAACCAUCUUCCGUUGA